AAAAUUUUGUUAAGCAUAAAUGUGUGGGAUAGAAUUUAACAAAGGAAAUCAUAGUGUGUCCAAAUUCCACAUCAAGGUUAGAUUUUGGUGUAGAUUGAUAUGGUUUUGUUUUUGCGUCCAAUAGAGUGAGUCUUUGAUUUCUCAUCCAGAUGCUCAAAAAUGGCGUCGUCUUCUUUUCAUUGCAUGCAUAUUCACCAUCACUACCCUAUGCAUAAUAUUCUCCACCAUCAUCACAACCAUUCAUUGUUGUUCUUCAACUCUAAACCAUCAAAGCUUCACAAUCAUCAUUGCUUCCCAACUCCAAGAGUUGCUCCAAAAUCAUGUCUAAGUCACAAAAACAGUGACACCAAAACAGAUUCCCUUGAAGAAACUGCCUCUAAUAAGCAAGAACCAUGUUCCUCCUCCUCCUCCUCCUCCACCACCACUACACCUUCUCAUAAUCCUUCAUCUUCAUCAGUUAAAGGUUCUUUCUUUGCUUCUUUCAUUCAUCAGUUCAGAAAUGGGUGGCUUGUAUUUGAUGAUAUGGGAAUGGAAAUGUUGUCCAUUGCAAUACCUGCUGCCUUGGCUUUGGCAGCUGACCCUCUUGCCUCAUUGGUUGAUACAGCCUUUGUUGGCCAUAUAGGAUCGGUCGAAUUGGCUGCUGUUGGGGUUUCAGCUUCUGUGUUUAAUCUAAUUUCAGACUUGUUCAAUGUUCCUUUGCUUAAUAUCACUACAUCCUUUGUUGCUGAGGAGCAGGCACUGAUUAGAAAGGAAGGUGACCACAAUCAAAGUAACAAUAAUGGGAAGUACCAAAGCAAGAAGCUUAUUCCUUCAGUAUCAACUUCUUUAGCACUUGCUACGGCACUUGGAGUUGCUGAAACCGUGGCGCUUUCCUUUGGUUCAGGCAUUCUUAUGAAUAUCAUGGGUAUACCUGCUGAUUCUCCGAUGCGUGAACCUGCCGAGCAUUUUCUAACAAUGAGGGCUUUUGGUGCUCCAGCAAUCGUGAUCUCAUUAGCCGCACAAGGAACUUUUCGUGGAUUUACAGAUACAAAGACUCCUCUGUAUGCAAUUGGAGCUGGAAACAUUAUUAAUACCAUACUGGAUCCACUAUUGAUAUUUUUCUUUGGCCUUGGAAUUGGUGGUGCUGCCAUUUCUACUGUGAUAUCUGAAUAUUUGAUAGCUUUUAUACUUGUAUGGAAAUUAAGUGACAAUGUGCUUCUAUUCCCUUCCGAUGUCGAUUGGAAAAAAAUUUUCAACUAUCUGAAAUCAGGUGGUCUUCUGAUCGGUAGGACUAUUGCUGUGCUUAUGACAAUGACAGUGGCAACAUCCGCAGCAGCUAAGCAAGGCCCUACACCUAUGGCUGGUCAUCAAAUUUGCAUGGAAGUUUGGUUGUCAGUAUCUUCCCUCACCGAUGCUCUUGCGCUUGCUUGUCAGGCUAUACUUGCUGGUAGUUACUCGCAAGGAAAUUACGAGCAAUCACGCCACCUUAUAUAUAGAGCAUUGCAGAUUGGUUUGGGAACCGGAAUUACCUUAUCAAUGAUUUUAUUCUUUGGGUAUGGGGCAUUUUCUAGCUUAUGUAGCACAGACUCUGAAGUUCAGGAUGUUGCUCAGUCUGGUCUACUGUUUGUUGCUGGAUCUCAACCAGUGAAUGCUUUGGCAUUUGUUGUUGAUGGACUUUAUUACGGAGUAUCAGACUUUGGAUUUGCUGCAUACUCUAUGGUUCUAGUUGCACUGAUUUCAUCAGUUUUUAUAUUGGUGGCUUCUCCGGUCCUUGGACUUCCUGGAGUGUGGACAGGAUUGUUCCUUUUCAUGGCUUUGCGUGUUCUAGCCGGAAUUUGGAGGUUGGGUAGCAAAAGUGGACCAUGGGAUAUGGUCUGGUAUAAAGAUGGAGCAGAAGAUUGACCGAGGCAUUUACACUCAAAUUUCCCUAAGUUUCCCCAGUUUUACACUCCACACUGGUCAGAGAACAUAAUGAUGGUGCUCACAAGUCACAAGUCACAAGCUCUUUUAACAUUUUGGAGGAUGUGCACUUUCUUGCUAGAAACUCAUCCCUUCUAGAAGAUCAAUCAAGAGAACAAAUUACUUCCUCCUUUUUAAACUAAAUGUUAGCUUUCACAUUUUCUGGUACAUUGAAAAUUCAAUAAAUACAUACACAAAUCGUGUCCGUGAAUAUUAAAUUUUUCGAUGUACCAAAAAAGUGAAAGCAACAUUUAUUUUGAAUCAGGAUAGCAAGUGUUGCUGAAGAACAAUUGCCAAAAUCUUACUUGUACAAUUACAUGGAAGCUGAAUGUGCAAGAAAGUACAAGAGGGAGAAAAUAAUUCUAUUGGAUGACAUUGCUUGCAGCUACAAAGCCAAGAUUUUGCUUGUUGCAUUUCUUGGAAACAUUUGAUGUAUUGGUAGAUAAGACUUCCAUGAAUGUCACUAUACAUAUUGACUUGGCAAUAGCUCCACAUGCAUUAA